AUGCCGCGCCACCCGUGCGCGUGCCUGUGGCCGCUGUCACCCUCCCGCCGCCGCCUGUCCUUGCACGCACAGCCCGGCACCGGGGAUGGUGACCCGCGGAGGGCAGCGGGGCAUCCACCGGGGGCGGGCGGACCGGCGGCRUCCCCGCGGCUGCUGCCGGGGCUCCGCGGCCACGGCGCGGUGUCGGCCAGCGAGGCGCUGCUGGCGGCCGCCGCCUUCUGCCUGGUGUUCCUGCUGCUCCAGCGGCUGCAGCAGCGGCCGCCCGUGCCCGAGGGGCUGCGGAGACCGCCGGGCCCCCGCGGCUUCCCCGUGCUGGGGAACGUGCUGGAGCUGCGCAAGGACACGCACCUGGCGCUGGAGCGGCUGAGCCGGCGCUACGGGGACGUGAUGGAGGUGCGCAUCGGGUCACGGCCCGUGCUGGUGCUCAGCGGGCUGGACACCAUCAGGCAAGCGCUGGUCAGGCAAGGAGAGGACUUCAUGGGGCGCCCCGACCUGCCCAGCUUCCGCUUCGUCGCAGAUGGGCAGAGUAUGGCUUUCAGCCCCGACUCCGGRGAUGUGUGGAAGGCGCGCAAGAAGAUGGCCCAGAACGCCCUGAAGAGCUUCUCCAUCGCCCCCAGCCCCACCUCGUCCUCCACCUGCCUGCUGGAGGAGCACGUGUCCAAGGAGGCCGAGUACCUGGUCACCAAAUUCCUGCAGCUGAUGGAGGAYGAGAAGAGGUUCGAGCCCUACCAGUACCUGGUGRUGUCRGUGACCAAYGUCAUCUGUGCCAUGUGCUUCGGCCGGCGCUACGAGCACGAUGACCAGGAGCUGCUCAGCCUGGUGAAUUCAGCGCAGCAGUUUGAUGAUGUGGCUGCUAUUGGCAACCCGGCCGACUUCAUCCCCCUGCUCCAGUACCUCCCCAGCCGCAGCAUGAAACUGUUCAUCGACUUCAACAGGUACUUCCUCAGCUUCCUGCAGAAGAUCGUCAAGGAGCACUACGAGACCUACGACGAGAACAACAUCCGGGACAUCACCGACUCCCUCAUCGAGCAGUGCCUGGACAAAAAAGUGGAAACRAAAACGGCCAUGCAGAUCCCCAAGGAGAAGAUCGUCAACCUCGUGAACGACAUCUUUGGAGCAGGCUUUGACACCGUGACCUUGGCCUUGUCCUGGAGCCUCAUGUAUCUCGUGACAUAUCCUGACAUCCAGAGGAAGAUUCAGGAGGAGCUKGACCAGCGCAUCGGGCGGGAGCGGCGGCCGCGGCUGUCGGACCGGGGCUCGCUGCCCUACACGGAAGCCUUCAUCCUGGAGAUGUUCAGGCACUCCUCCUUCGUGCCCUUCACCAUCCCACACAGCACCACCAAGGACACGGUGCUGAACGGCUGCUACAUCCCCAAGGACACCUGCGUGUUCAUCAACCAGUGGCAGGUGAACCACGACGAGAAGCUUUGGAAGGACCCAGAAUCCUUCAAUCCCGAGCGGUUCCUCAGCGCUGACGGGAGCAGGGUGAACAAGGAGGACGGGGAGAAGGUGCUGCUCUUUGGCCUGGGCAAGCGGAGGUGCAUCGGGGAGACCAUCGCCCGCUGGCAGGUGUUCCUGUUCCUGGCCACGCUGCUSCAGCAGCUCGAGUUCAGCCUUUGUGAGGGCCACAAGGCUGAUCUGACCCCGCUCUAUUCGCUCACCCUGAGGCACAAGAGGUGCGAGCAUUUCCAGGCCAGGCAGCGCUUCGCCAUCAAGGGCGGGAGCUGAGCGGAGCCAGCAGACACCUCCAGGGUGUCCUUCAGCACAAGAUUUUCCCCGAAAAACUUCAUGGGAAGUUUGUGGAAUAAACUGAAACCUCUGUUUUUUCUGCUUUGCUUUGUAGCAGUCGUUGCCUUUUUUGUUUCCCGGUGUUUCUGGUGUUGGAUAUUCCAUUAAAUGUUGGCUGUCCCACCA